CGACGCCGCUUGGUCCGCCGCCUGGGGUGCUCCGGCCCCUGCGCGCCCGCAGACCCCGACCCGCCGGCCGCGGCGCCCUCGGCCCGCCGUCAUGUCGCAGAGCGAGAGCCCCGGGCUGCAGGAGGAGAGCCUGCACGGCUCCUGGGUAGAAUUACACUUCGGCGGUAAUGGGAGCGGGAGCAGUGUUCCCGACUCGGUUUCUAUUUAUAACGGCGACAUGGAGAAGAUCCUGCUGGACGCGCAGCACGAAUCCGGCCGGAGCAGCUCCAAGAGCUCCCACUGUGACAGCCCGCCCCGCUCACAGACCCCGCAGGACACUAACAGAGCUUCUGAGACAGACGCGCACAGCCUCGGAGAGAAGAACAGCUCCCAGUCCGAGGAAGACUACAUGGAGAGGAGGAAAGAGGUCGAAAGCAUCCUGAAGAAAAACUCAGACUGGAUUUGGGAUUGGUCCAGUCGGCCAGAGAACAUCCCCCCAGCCAAGGAGCUCCUGCUCUUGAGGCACCCGAAGCGCGCACCCACGCUCAGUAUGCGCAACACGAGCGUCAUGAAGAAGGGCGGCAUCUUCUCCGCCGAGUUCCUCAAGGUCUUCCUGCCGUCGCUGCUGCUGUCCCACUUGCUGGCCAUCGGGCUGGGGAUCUACAUCGGAAGGCGCCUGACCACGUCCACCAGCACAUUCUGAUGCAGGCUGUAGCCCAGUGUCCCCACGCCGCGGGGGCCCGUGCCCCGCACAGCGCACAGAAGCAGCUGUCUCGGUCCUGGGCCGCUGCCCCACGCGUCGUUUCUUCUGGCAGCGCCGCCUCCCUAACUCAGAGAGACAGUAAACCACGCUCUCCUGCAGCCAGACUUGGGGAUCGAGCGACAAGCAUGUCAUUGAUUAAUACCUACUGUAAUAAUUUGGUAGUAACCUUCUUCAGAUAUUAUAAAUAUCAAAGUAUACAUAAUUUUAAAAUCUCUAGUUAUGUUGUAUGUAGUAUUUUAAUGAAUUACCUGCGACCUUGAUCGCGUCAGACACUAUUUUGAGGGAAGGAAUGCUGCUGAUACUAGAAGGACUGCCUGAGGGGUUUACCUGAAUAAACACGUGGCCUUACUCCCUGCUGCAGACGUUUCGGUGGACGCGUCCGUCCGCUGCAGACAGCCCUUAGCACUGAGUGUCUGCUGGCUCUGGUGCGCGGCAUGUAGAAUCCAGGCCGUGACACGGGCAGCGCCGAGCGGUCCCCACCCCGGGCUGUUGGGCAGCGCUGGAAGGACCCCGAGACUGUCAGCGCCGCCCCGGACAGCAGCCACUGGACAACCACUGUCUCCUCGUGUCUCCGGAUCGCGGAGUUUAGUCUGUGUUCAGUUUUUUGUGCUCUUAGUAUCAGCUUCAUUCUAAACUAUUCUGUCUACUUUAAGAGGCUGGAAAUAGAAAAAAAAUAAAUGUUUGCCAAAUCCUUGGUUAUGGUAUUAACAUAUGGUUUAAAACUAAAUGGCAUACAAGCUUUUUGGUGAAGCCAGGUGUAUCCCCGCCGCCUGGGGGUUAAAGGAUGCCCUUUCAUACACUGUAUAAAUAAAUGCUGUUGUGUUUGCUUCA